AUGAAAUUAUAUGCAAAAUGUAUCUCAUCUGCAUAGUUUGGAUACGUUCAUAAUAAUUUCUACCUAUACGUAAUCUUCUAAAGAUUGCCUCUUCAGUAAUAAAGGUAAUAUUCAAAAUCUUGAUAUCUCUAAUGUGAACACUUUGAUAUAUUUAUUGAACUUAUCAGAUCACAACAAGUGUAAAACUACCAAAUGGUUAAAAUCUUAACAAUAACAACAAACAAAAAACAACACCCAGAAUACAAUAAUGCAUCUUCAUGCAGGCUAGUUAAAAAUUCCUCCAUAGUCCACUAACCCAAUACAGUUACCUUCUUUUCUUCAAAAUGAAAGAAUCGCUGGAAUUUUUUCUGACAAUUGAAAAUUGUGAGAAAAAAUAAUAUACAAUAAUACUCUAUAUAUGACUCAAAAUUUCCAUCAAUUCUUGUUUUCAAGUUGCCAGCCUAAAAUUUCGAUCAUGUCUAAGGAAUCACAAUUUAUUCAUUAAAAUGCAAAAUUUCUAAUAUUAUUAGAAAACCUUCUUUAAAAGUUUUAUAUUAUAAAGAUUUUUUAAACUAACAUACAAGAUACUCUUAACCUUCCGAGUCCCUGUUCUUCUUUCAUUAUUUGGAGUGCAGUUAAUAUCUGCAAUCAGUUCAACGUCUUCUAAUAUGCAAUCGAGCUCGAAAGUAUCCAUGUCAACAGUGCUCUCCGUUCUAUUCUCUUCACUUUAUUGACCACGUAUAAUACAGCUCUUCAAUCUAGCAGCUACAUUAUCCCUAUGAGAUCUAUAUUCCCCAACAUCUUUAUUGUGGAAAUACCAUAUUCAAUUAAAUUCUACUUCAAUUCAUGGCAGCAGGCAAGCUGCUGAGUAAAAAGCUUGCAGUGUCGUGAGUGGCAGUCUAGAAGUUUGGAGUUUGUCUUGAAUGCAGGUUUUAUCAAGAGCUGAAACCACGGGUCAUCCAAAACUUUCAAUUCAGUUAUCACCAUCAUUAAGCGCAAUAAUAAUUUAGUUCAGGGUAUCGGUUAUGUCUUCAGAUAUCACAUGGAAGUUUGCUUUCUACUUGAGGUAUAGAUUCUUUUGAAAGUAUGACGUAGAAUCACAUCAGCGAAUGCAAGGGUAAACAAAAUUAGAUAACGGUUAGAAGAAAUUGAAGUUGUAGGUAGAUGAUAUCGGGCGUUUUAUCUUCUGUAUGUUGUGCUAGUGAGGUCGUUGAGGAUAACAAAUAAAUUUAUAUCCUUACAAUUAUAAUUACUUUAAACUUCAAAUUUUCAAUAGCUGUAGUAGCUAUCAUUAUAUCAGCAUAUUCUUCAUCAUAAACAAUCUGAAUCUUUUUUGUUUCCAUCUUUGAUUUUUCUUUGUGCUUGAAUCUUUAUAGUUAGAUAAUAUUCUUGGUAGAAUUCUAAUAUUGAAACAUUUAAGUUAGAAAAUAUAAACGAAAUUAAUUCCAUUUCAGUUUUGUGAGAUGUGUAGGAAAUUUUUAUCGUGAUAAUGAAGAGAAAACACGUUUGAAAAAAAAAUAAUGUUAAUAUGGCAGUAUACGUUUGUUACACGUGUUUGUCAGUCUUCGGACGUUGUUGGAAUAUUUAGUGAACGAUAUUAUAGAAACUAUCAGAAAUAUCUUAACCAUUCAGGUUUAGCAUUAGAAAAUUUAGUUUAUAUUCAGUUAUUUUCAUUGUUUUUGUUGUUAUUAUUAUAAUUAUUUCUUGAGGGUUUUGAUCUUGGAUUUAGCAUAUACGUUCUAUCACAAACGAUAUAAAAGAAAAUGUAUUGCUACAUUUCAUACAAGGAAGCAACACGUUUGAUGCCAAGGUUAUUGUGCUACUAAGUUUAUAAUAAUAUUUUAUAAUAAAAAAAUAAGUCAGGAUUCAGUUUGGAAAAGAUUUAAACGGCCUCCAAAAUGAACUCUUGAUCCCUAUUUCGAUCUAAUAUUCUUAUGGUAAUAAUAAUCCUACCUAGCUAAAAAGGUACUGAUUUUCAUUAGAAAUAAAUAUAACGCAUUCGUUGGAAUUUUCAUAUCAUUUAAGGAAAGUAAAAAUUUUUCAAAUUGUCACCAGACAUAGUUUUAUUGAUAUCCUUAAACCUCAUGCUUUCGUCACUUAAAUUUGCAAAACUUUUUAAGUAUUAAAUAACAUUAAGAUUGUGAAAACAGUUCCCCUGUAGUCUGUUCAAACACAUAUAAGUACAGUCUUAUGAUAUUAAUCAUUUCUUGGAAAUAUUGCGCCUUGUGGCCUAGAAUCUCGAUCCUUAUUUUUCCUUACUCCAUUUUUAAUAACCUAUUUUUAACUGCAACAUAGCUCUUGAUAUAGUUUGAUUUCAUGUCCAAUACACUAGAAAUUCACAAUAAUUUUUUCAAUGAUAAAAUUUUUCUAGAAAAGCAGGAUAUUUUAAUUACUACAUUUUCUUACAUGAUCAAGUCCUCGAAACACAAGUGACUGUGAGAUGAGUCAACGCAUUUGUUGGAGUAAAAUGUCAACAUAAACUAUUCUUAUGGUUUCAACACUACAAUCAAGUCUUUUAGGCUUUCAGUUUACUCCAAACGCUUUAGGUGAAUUGACCAAAUAAUUAACAUUAAUCGCAUUUUAUUAACAUAUUGUAGGACAUCAAAUAAGAGAGGUUGUCUUAUCACUGGCGAAAGAGUAUCAACAUACUAGAAAGUUAGUUUUCACAAUUACCUGAACGUUUAAAUAGUGAUAACAUUAAACCACAAUGAUAACAUAUACGAGGAUUGAUCAAAAACUACGAUCAUUCUUCUGAUUUUACUGUCAAUAUGCACAAUACUUAACGCCAUAGAAUACUCCAGAUACAAAAACCGAAUACCGCCGCGACAGCAUAGAGUUCCGCCGUCUCAACAGUUCUCUAAAAAAUGGCAUCAAGGAGGUCCCUUGAUUCAAGGACAUCAAGGUUUACCUCAUCAGGCUAUACCACACAACAUGCUUCAUAAACCACCUCAAGGUUUGUACCAGAAACAUCCACCAAUGGCUGUACGAGGUCCACCUGUGCGUCAAAGACCUGGAAAUCAUAUACCAAUACUGGUUGCCAAUACGCACAAUAACAUUAAGAUGCCUUCAAAUGGAUUGAGUCACCAAUUAGCACUCUCACUUCCACAAAGACCAGUUACGAAUCCUGUCAGAAAUAUUUGGAAAAAUCCCAUUAAUUCAAUAAACUUGCAACCAGAUAUUGCUUUUAAAGUACCUGUUCCCGUUCCACCAACAGAAAAACCGUUCAGAUCUGCUCCCAGUGUUCCAAAUCCGGAAUUCGAUUACCAUGUCCAAACUAAUCAAAUACCGACACAACACAUAAACCCAAUCAAACAAAUAGGAGAGAAAGGUCCGAUUCACACUAUUCCCGCACCAAAUUUGAGUUUACGAGAUAAACCAAGUAUCGUAGAAGAAGUACGCAACGAUAUCAAUUAUCAACAUCAAAAUUAUGCUAAUAAUAAUCACGGUACACACGUUACCAUUCAAAAAAGUCAUGAAUAUCAAGUAACCGAACCUCCGGAACAAAACCAAAAGCUCCACAGAGCCCAGCAAGAACACCAAAAGCAAAUUCAACUACAGAUUCAGAAACAGAUUCAACAAAUGCAGCAACAAAACGCUCAACUUGAACUACAGAAUCAACGGCAGCAAACGCAGAUAGAUCUUCAAAAUCAACAACAGCAAAUUGUGAUAAAUAGUGAUCCGGUGUCAAUACAUCAAUCUUUAGACGAGAAUCCGCAAGGAGAUAUAAUAUUGAACAGUAAUUUAAGUCCUCAAGAGCUGUAUCAACUUGUCAAUGCCAAUUAUCCUCAUUUCAAUUUCCAGAAAACAACAUCUCCUUCUAAGAAUCCAUUGUUUCAAGUCAACGCAGAUUUUCUGGAACAGUUUCCAAAAGAUUCCGCCCAUAUAGCAUCUGAUAAAAUAACAUUCCAACCAGAAUACCAAUCGUUUAAUUAUGACGAACAAUCUCACCAGAAGAGUUUAGCAAACAAAGACAUGACCAACUACAAUGAAGAAAAUGACAAAGGAAUAUCGUCAAGAAAUUCAGUAGAUCCUUUGGAUGAAGCUGAUUUGGUAAAUUAUUUCGACGCUAGAACUGAUAUAGCGGAAAAUAAAGUUGAACAGGAUAAUAAAAGUUCAACUAAAGACGGUUUAGAAGAGAAGUUGAUGGAAGCCACUUUAUAUUCAUCUUUACCGAACAAAGAAGUUGCUGAACGUUUAGCUCAGCUUCAAACUGCUGGAAAAAUAAAUAGUAAUCUCAUGAAAUUAAGUACUACAAAACAAAUAUCUAAUGCCCCCUUGACUAUUGUAAUGUCCGACGAAUACGAAACGGAAGAAGAAACUAUUAAGGGCCGUCGGAAGGAAGAAAGUGAAGCAAAUUUACACGAUUAUGAUGAUAUUGAAAGGAAUAUCAGUUCAGAAGAAGUAAACUCUGAAUAUGGACAUAGAAUAAAACCAAAGAAGCGAGCAGAAUAAUUAUCUGAUAUAAAUUUAUUUAUUUAUUUAUUUGUUUUCUUGCCAUUCUAUUUAUUGAAUGCUCUAUUUUUGUUAUUUGUUAAUAAAACAAUAUUUUUAAAA